AUGUCGGCCGACUUCUGGGCCGGAUACCUGUCCGGCGCCGCUGGUAUUCUGAUCGGUAACCCGCUUGAUCUCGUGAAGACCCGCAUACAGGCCGGAAAGACAGUUCCAACUCCCGACUCUGCAAUAGCCAUACCAUCACCGCAGAGCUUCAAAGAACACUUCGACCGCGCUGGUACUCUAGUCAGAGGCACCACAGCACCCGUUCUCGGCUACGGCGCCCUCAAUGCCAUCCUCUUCGUAACCUACAACCGCACGCUCGCCCUCCUCCACGACUCCCCCGCCGUCCCUACCUCCCUCUCCAAAGUCUGGCUUGCCGGUGCCGCCGGCGGUCUCGCAACCUUUGUCAUAUCCGCGCCCACGGAGCUCAUAAAAUGCCGAGCCCAAGUCUCCUCUGACCACUAUACAAGCUCCUUCACGAUAGCACGGGACAUCUGGAAGCGUGAAGGGAUACGGGGAUUAUACUAUGGUGGCGGGAUAACGAGUGUGAGGGAUGCCGUGGGAUACGGGUUCUAUUUCUGGUCCUAUGAGUGGAGCAAACAAGCCUUCAGCUCCCCCGACGACACCGAUCGCCAAACGGCGCUGAAGGUUCUGUUCUGUGGAGGAUUGGCUGGAGUAGUGACAUGGGCGUCCAUCUUCCCGUUAGACGUGAUCAAGACGAGGGUUCAGACACAGCUACUACAUCCACCAUCACCCGCUGAAGCCGAACAGCACCCACUACUGCCAUCCCAUAGGCACCGGAAAAGACUCAGUACCUUCGAGAUUGCUAGAGAGGCGUACCGGGCUGAGGGUGCGAGUGCAUUCUUCCGUGGAUUGGGAAUAUGCAGCGUGCGAGCGUUUGUUGUGAAUGCGGUCCAGUGGGCGGUGUAUGAAUGGAUGAUGCGUCUCCUGCAGCAGGCGUAG